UAAUAUCUAAUUUAUAUGGAAUUUGAAGAACAAAUCGAUUGGAACAAUCUAUUAUCCUUCGAUGAUUUUGAUACAAACGAAAAUAUCUCCUCUAUAAUCCUUCCACAAAAUCAUAAUAAUUUUAAUUCUAAUGAUGAAUCGAUAUCUCCUCCGUUAUCUGUUGAUGAAAUAGAGCAGUUACUAUUUAACGACGAUAACGGAGGAGGAGACGAGUUGAAUUAUGAUAUUGAUGAUGGUUUUUUUAAUGAGAUUUUCGUUGAUUCCCCUCCGCCGGUAGAGCCCUCCGGUAGCGGCGGUGGCGAAGUUGUCAAUGUUUCCGAUGAUUCUGAAAACAAGAAUGUAACUGCUGUUAACGAUGAUCAUAAUGAUGAUGAUCCUCUCGCCAAAAAGCGUAAAAGGCAAUUGAGAAACAAAGAUGCGGCUCUAAAGUCUCGAGAGAGGAAAAAGAUGUAUGUAAAAGAUCUUGAGAUGAAAAGUAGGUACUAUGAAGGGGAAUGCAGGCGAUUGGGGUCUUUACUCCAAUGUGUCAUGGCAGAAAAUCAAGCACUGUGUUUUUCAUUGCAUAGUAUAAAUAGUAGUAAGGCAUUCAAUGCUUCCAUGACCAAGCAGGAGUCUGCUGUGCUCUUCUUGGAAUCCCUGCUGUUGGGUUCCCUGCUUUGGUUGAUGGGCAUAGUUUGUCAGCUGGUCGUCCUUCCAAGCCUGCACCAACAAACCCAACGGGUAACCGUGGUAGAAGAAAAUCUACCAAAUGUGGCUCUAAGGAAUGAGGGAAGUAAAAUGUCUUGGCAGACCCUUUUGGUGGGUAAACGAUUUAAAGCGUCACGCUCGAGAAUGAGACUGAAUCUGCAUUCUCUACGACUUGUAAGGGACACUCUAGCUGUUUUUUGAUAAAUUUUUUUUUUUUUUUUUAUGUUUCUUUUUUGUGAAUUGCUCUUUUCUUUCAACCCCGCCUUUAUAAAUAAGACGAUAGCGGCUGAGACUUUUCAGAAAACUUUGUACUAGUCUUUUGGUUAUGUAUGGUGGUUUUGUGUAGUA